AAAAGGGUGAUUGUUGACAAUGCCCUGAGUAGGCAGAGGCAUGGUUGGAAUUGUGCUCCCAUCUCAAUGCUGCGAUUAAGACACUCACUGCUUGCAUAUCAGCUCCGCUGCUCUAACAUAACUCUCAAAGGCUAAUUCUUUCUGAUGGUGUAUAGGAGACGACUAACCUAAAGCAAGAAUCUGAACCAUUAACGGUACCAGAGAGUGUGACUCCAGACUGUGGUCCAGAGGAAGAGAAAGUUCCUGAAACUGACAACGGAAACAGCGAGCCUGUGGAAAGCCAAGAGGAGAGUAACCCAGAAGAGAAUCCAGUUAUGAACUUCUUCAAAACCCUGGUGACUACCACUAAAACAUCCAAAAAGGAAACCACUACGCCUGAUGCCACAAAAGAGCAGUCCCAGAAGGAGACCCAACCAGCAGCAACCACUACUGUUGCACAAAUAUCUGAACCGCCUGCAGCACCCAAAGGAAUGUCAAUCCCACCACCACCUCCUCCAGAGCCACCAAAAAUGGAAAUCAAAGGAGAACCAACUGCCAAACCUGUAAAGCCGGUGCCAAAAGAAGAACCAAAAGCUGCUGCGAAGCAACCUGAGUCCUCAAAAGGAAAAUCAGCCAAAGAUACUCUGAGCAAAUUCUUCCGCCCCAAGGUACUGCUAGGAGUCCACAUAUCCAGAGGCAAGGGUGCUUCAGCGAGUGGAGCCAAGACUGCAGCAGUGGGGAAACCAGUGGAGGUGCCAGAGCCUGCAGUAAAAGUGCAGAAGGUGGAUCCCUCAAAAUCUGGCACUUUGGAAGCAGCAGCAAAGCCCGAACCGCCGCCCCCCGUUCAGGAAGAAAAGAAAAAAGCUUCAAAAUCGCCUUUCUUUUCCUUUUUCAAGCCCAAAGUACUGUUAGAUCACAUGACCACAAAAGUCCAGACAGCCUCCACAAGUGGAGUUCGACUCCUGAGGAAAACUACUGGACUGGCUGCUGAGCCCAAGACGGCGACUCCGACUCCACCUGCAGCAGCAGAGGCGACUCAAGCAGUCAAGGCCAAGGAGGAACCCAAAGCAGCAGCCAAGUCAUCAGAGGCUGUUGUAGAUAACAAGCCAGCUUCAGUGGCCUCUCAAGCUGGAGAUGAUGCAGCCAAUGUGCCCAAAAGACUGGAGAAGAGGAACUCCAUCCAGCUGUUCUUCAAAAAUCUGGGUCAGAAACGCCAUUCUACGGACGCCGGUGUCCAGACAGAGCCAGUGACUGUUGCUCCAGCAGCUGAGAAAGCCAAAUGAAACCACAACCAACCUUUCCCUGUACAGACUCCCUCACUUUCACUCAAUCUUUAUCUCUCUCUCUCUCUCUCUCUCUCUCUCUCAUCACCCCUUCAAUCUCAUUGAGUUACUUUAACUGCAUUCUUUUUUUGUUACUGUUUAGAAAUUAAAAUAUGAAAAGAAAGGUUACUGGAAGGACAAAAGAAAGUGAACAGCUGUGAGAGGGAGGAGCAAGUAGGUAUUUGAACUAGUGGAGAUGUUAAAUGGUCACAUGUGACGGCGAGGUUGUUGAGAUAUAUAUAUUUUUGGUCAUAUAAAUGUCUUGACAAGUACAACAAUGUGUGUGUGAAACAUUUUCUACAAACAGUUAAUGUGACUUCUCUCUGUUUUGCAAUGUAACACGCUGAGCUUAUGCAGUGUACUGUACUGUGCUUUAGGCAAUUUAAUUGUCUGGAAAACUUAAAAACACAGUUUCUUAUAGGUUCUAUUUUUAGAGUUCACACAAGGAAAUUCAUGCAGUGCUGGUAAUGCACAGUUUAACAUGAAAUGAUACUGAAAAGAGGACCUAAACAUACAUGUACAACUCUUAACGGAGCUGAUAUAAGGAACCAUGUAGCAGAUUGGACUCUUCUAACUCUGUGUCAGCUAUAUGUAGACUAAAGCACAGACAUAACAGUUAUGCGUUGGGCCGAACGGGAAAUCACAAUCUUUACUGUUCUGUGGGGAACUGAUUGUAAAUACUCACAAAAGCAUCUGAGGUGGCAAAAUGGUGUCGCUGUGCAAAUGUGUCCUUGUGGUCCGUUUUGCAGCUGUCAUAAAUCACAGUCGCUUUCAAUUUGAGUUCAGCACUUUGUCUCAUGUCAUUUAACCGAGGUCUUACGGUGUCAGUCAUUUGUGUUUGGCGUAUGCGCAAUUAAUAUGAUGCUUUUGUUUGCCUCUAUGUAUACAAAGAUGUGUAACUUUGUCAUAUCCCGAUGACAAUAAACAUGUUCACCAAC